GCAGUCAUGAGGAUCCUCUCUGCUGGCCAUUCAUUUUAGAAAGUCAGUACACCAUUUGAAUACUGAAGAGUACGCUUCUUCUUCAGAGGAGGAUGUCUGUGUCAGGGAAGAAGGAAUUUGAUGUGAAACAGAUCCUCAGGCUUCGGUGGCGCUGGUUCAGCCAUUCAUCCCAAGGUUCGGCUGGUGGAGGAGGCGGUGGGGUUGGUGGUGGAGGAGGUUACAUUCAGCAGGACGGUUUGGACCACAGAGGAACGUCUGCCCAGGGACGACUGAAAAGUCACUCACGGGAAAGAGGUGUUGGAGGUCUCCGGAAGACUAACAGCCCAGUCCACAGCAUCUUGGCACCAACCCCGGGGCCCACACCUGUGUAUGUCAGAGCAGGUCAUCAAUCAUGGCAUCAUCAGCAGAGCACCAUCCAAGGUUCCCAGGUCAGCGAAGAUUCUUCAAAGAGCAGUUCCUCUCCCAGCACCGCAAGGAAAGAUGACACAAACACUGGCCAAGAAGAUGUAAAGAGUACCACAGAAGACCCUGCAGAGGUGGAGGCCAGAGAAAGGUUGGUUCUGAGCACCUUCUCUAGGAUGAAUACCAAUUCUUCCGAUGAGUUUUUUCAAGCCACAAACCAUGCGGAACAGACGUUCCGUAAAAUGGAGACCUACCUCCAGCACAAGCAGCUGUGCGAUGUCCUUUUGAUAGCAGGGGACCACAAGAUACCAGCCCAUAGAUUGGUCCUAAGUGCUGUGUCGGACUACUUUGCUGCUAUGUUCACCAGUGACGUGAGAGAGGCGAAGCAAGAGGAGAUAAAAAUGGAGGGAGUGGAUCCAGAAGCCCUCAGAUCCCUGGUUCAUUUUGCCUACACUGGUGUCCUUGAACUGAAAGAGGAGACCAUUGAGAGUUUACUGGCAGCAGCUUGUCUCCUCCAGCUUUCACAAGUCAUCCAGGUUUGCUGUAACUUCCUGAUGAAACAGCUUCAUCCCUCCAAUUGCCUGGGAAUCCGUUCUUUUGCAGAUGCCCAGGGCUGUGUGGACCUGCUCAAUGUAGCUCAUAACUACACCAUGGAACACUUCCUCGAGGUCAUUCAGAACCAGGAGUUCCUGCUGCUCCCCACAGCUGAAAUUGUUAAGCUGCUCUCCAGCGAUGACAUCAAUGUUCCUGAUGAAGAGACGAUCUUCCAAGCUUUGAUGAUGUGGGUGAGGUAUGAUGUCCAGAAUCGACAACAGGACCUCGGGGUGCUCCUCGCUUACAUCCGCCUGCCCCUUCUUCCUCCGCAGCUCCUUGCAGAUUUGGAAAACAACAAGAUGUUCUCUGAUGAUCUGGAAUGUCAAAAGCUGCUGAUGGAAGCCAUGAAGUACCAUCUUCUUCCUGAAAGACGCCCAAUGUUUCAGAGUCCAAGAACAAAACCUAGGAAAUCCACUGUUGGUGCACUUUACGCUGUAGGAGGGAUGGAUGCUACCAAAGGCUCUACUACUAUAGAGAAGUAUGACCUGCGGACAAACACUUGGGUCCAGGUUGGAGUCAUGAAUGGGCGCCGGCUGCAGUUUGGUGUGGCAGUGAUAGACAACAAAUUGUACGUGGUUGGAGGGAGAGAUGGAUUGAAGACGUCCAACAUGGUGGAGUGCUAUAAUCCUGUCACCAAAGUGUGGUCCACCAUGCCCCCAAUGUCAACACACAGACAUGGACUUGGCAUUGCUGUGCUGGAGGGCCCCAUGUAUGCUGUAGGAGGCCAUGACGGCUGGAGCUAUCUCAACACAGUGGAGCGCUGGGACCCACAGGCUAGACAGUGGAACUACGUGGCCAGCAUGUCGACACCACGGAGCACCAUGGGAGUCACAGCACUAAAUGGAAAAUUAUUUGCAGUUGGUGGUCGAGAUGGAAGCUCUUGUCUUAGGUCGAUGGAGUGCUUUGAUCCGCACACCAACAAGUGGAGCAUGUGUGCACCAAUGGCCAAGAGGCGAGGAGGAGUGGGGGUAGCAACAUACAACAACUUCCUGUACGCCGUGGGCGGACACGAUGCCCCUGCUUCCAACCACUGUUCUAGACUCUCCGAUUGUGUUGAGAGGUAUGACCCAAAGACAGACACCUGGACCACUGUGGCCCCCCUCAGUGUUCCGCGGGAUGCGGUGGGUGUUUGCCUGCUGGGUGACCGGCUUUAUGCAGUGGGCGGAUAUGAUGGACAGUCAUAUUUGAACACUGUGGAGUCCUACGAUGCACAGAACAAUGAGUGGACUGAGGAGGUCCCUCUUAACAUUGGCAGGGCAGGCGCCUGUGUGGUGGUGGUGAAAUUGCCUUGAGCGUUUUGUCUCACAACAGCAUGGGUAACAAAUGAGGGAGCAGCAAAGAAGAGUGGACAAACAAAACAACAGAUCAAGGACACAUCCUUUGAGAGUCAUGCUUUUAUUUUUUUCUUAGUUUAACUCGCCUCUCCAGAAUUUUCAGAGGGAAACACAGACAGAGCCUUGCCCAUAAACCAGUGUUGCUAUCAUUAGUGGACAUGCCUGCCCACUGGGAAGGACUUGUUCAGAAACUGGAAUGCACUGCACAUUCUUCACAUUCUCGACCAAUCAAGAAUUUUCAUAGACUCGGCCAAGCUGCGGCAAAUCAGUGCCAGGCCUUUGUUGUACUGCUUUGUUAUACUAGUUUUAUGAAAAGUAACGUGAAUGUCUGCAAGAUUACAUUUAAAACUUACAGUCUGAACAAAUAAGCCUAACUCUGGGUUAGUUUACAUUUCUACACAAGCAUUUCGUACAAGUACCAUCCCACACAAUAUAUUUUUGGGUUUAUAUGUCCAUUUAUAGCCACUCUAAUGGAAAUUGUUGUAAUAAACAGAAAUAAAUGUACCAGUGGCUUUCCUCAAUGGGUGGUCAGAAUCAAUUCUUAAGCAUAGGAGACCACUGUGAACACUGACAUAACAAACACGUUUUAUUGGAUUUUGGUUCUAUUUUAUUUUAUGCUUGUAGCUACAGAACACCAAAGUCAUUUGCUUGUCUUAGAUGUCUUGUUACACAUGAUAUAAAGGUUUACAAAUUUGUGAAUUACAGAAAAAUAUAUCAUAUUGAUAUUUCACAUUGCUGUACAGAUUUUUGUGAACUUUCUGAAAUGACAUUUGUGUUUCUAGGACCAUGCCUAAACCAGUGACCUCUGGUGAUUACAGUCAGUACUACUCAUUUGGCUUCAUUUCUGGGCAUGCUAGCCGAGUGAAUGUUUCAGAUUUGAUUUAUACAAUAUUAUAUAUGAAGAUCACUGUCUUGUCUGUAUUUUUGAGGCUAUAAGGCCUUCUGGGUUAUGUAUAGUAUUUUUUUUUCAUCACAUUCCCUUUGGAUAAACCCUGAAAAAACCAACAGCAGUGGAAUCAGGUGCAUCUAAACCAGCUAUGUGAGUCUAUGAUAGCUUUUAUUUUACACGUUACGUGCAGCACUAGGAAACCUGAUUGCCACAGCAGUUCAUUAAUGCAAAUGAUUAGAAUUUUUACAUUUGUAGUUGAUAUAUCUGCUUCCAAAAAUGAAACAUUAUGACCUUCUUCAUAAUAAUUUGUAACUGUAAUUCUAACAUGUUUUGGGGCCAAAUGCUAAUGUUUUUAUCAUAAUUUUGUACAGCAUGAAAACCCAUAAAUAAAAUGACUUCAGUCUUCUCUGCAUGUUCAAAUCCAUGUUUAGAGCCGUGGCCCCACACCGGGCACAUUUUGAUUACUCUUGUUGUUCUGCUUCAAGUAAACAAACCGAUUCUUUGACUAAACAGGCUUGGAAGCUGCUUUGAUGUCUGUCAGCAUUAACCUUAGUUUUGUUUUCACUGCAGCACCCUCUUCUUAAAUCAAGCAAGCAUGUUUGUUGAUAUUGCUGUGUUUUUUCAAUCUCCCAUCAACAGACUGAGGACCAAAUGCUUUUGCUUGCCUUUGUUUUUUCCCCAUUGUUUACCCUUCAAAUAGUCCCUUCAGCCCACCAUCCUCUAAGCUUGUUUGGUAAGAUUUCAAUCACUUUCGCAUACAUAAUAUUGGCUUAUGUGUCCACGUGUGCGCUUUUUGUUUUCGGAAAAACCUGUUGGUGUUUUUAAAAUACACAAUAUUAGAUGCCCAACAGAAAAAAGAGCCCCUUUUUCACUUUCCCUAUUUCACAUGAUGUAAAGAUUAAGCGUCUUCUCCAGCUUUCUGUUUUUGUUUAUCUGCAUCUUUUCCUGCCGGAGCUCAUAAGGGAAAUCAAUAAAAGGAUAAUAGCUUUCAUCUAAGCUCACCUCUCAAAGUCUAAAAUGUGGAAUUUGUCAGAAUAUGUCUGUAGUUAAUUUGAGAAGCGGUGCUGUAGAAAUAUGGAGCCGUAAUGAUAAGAAUAGCUUUAUUCAAUUUGGCUGUGCAAAGAUUCGAACAAACUGCAAAUAUACCAAAUUUCUGUAUAUUCAUCACACAGUUUACAUCGGUAUUGCCUAAUCUUUGACAACACUCAGACUACACUGUUUUGCCAAGUCAAUCUAGUAACAGGUUAAAAGCUGCAGCACACACAUGGAUGCACACUGAAUCAGCUACAUGACUGAAAUACUGUAAGAUCCACUGCCUCAAAUCAAAAUUUGAUUCUAGUUUCAAGGGCCCAAGAAAAUGUUUGUGUCACAACAUGUUGCUGCAGACCUCUGGAAAAACUGUAAAAUAUUAAGAUGGCAAUAGGCGGGGUAGCUCGACUGUUUUUGAGUUCUGCUAAGAUUCCUGCAAAUUUAAAUGUGAAUCUGAACAAGGAAAUGUUUAAAUUCACAUUGGUUUAGGUAAAAUAUGAUGUCUCAGAUAAACAUUUGUAUGUUGAAU